AUGAGGACACUUAAGUGGGAUCCUUGGUUUAAUCAUGAGGAGGAGACUUCCAUUGCCAUUGCUUGGAUAUUGUUUCCUACAUUAGCACCAAAUUACUUUGGCCAGUCGCAGUUGUUUUCAAUGGCCUCAGCAGUAGGCAAGCCAUUGACCUUGGAUGUGGCAACCAUAAAUAAAACAAGGCCAAGCUGUGCACGUGUGAAAUUUGAAGUGGAUUUAUUUGCUGACCAUCCUAAGAGAGUUCAACUACAGGUUGUUGAUAGUAAAACUGGAGAUAUUAAGUCAAAGUGGGUGAAAAUUUAUUAUCAUUUCAUGCCUAAGUACUGUAAGGAAUGUUGCUUGCAAGGCCAUGAUGAGGAAGGGUGUUGGAAGCUCCAUCCUGAUUUGUUACCAGAUAAUGAGAGUGAGGAGAAGGUUGAAGGAUAUAAUGGUGAUAAAGGGAAGCAGGCUGCAGUCCCUAAAAAUGUGAAGGAAGCACACAAAGUGGCAAACAAGGCAAAACAUUCUAAUAAUAAGCAGCCAAAUCAUGCAAAAAAUAAAAAUCCUAGGCAGGUGAUCAAGGUGUCGGAGAGUGGUAAGGUGGUUGGAGAUGUGCAGCAAUUGUAUAAAUGGAAAACUCAGAAAGGAAAGAAACAAGUGGAGAUUGAAAACAAUACUCAAAAGCAGCUUGCUUUGCCAACUGUUGAAAAUGGUGGUACAAGUAAGCAAGGAGAAUUACUGAAGUCUGGUACUGUCCAAACACUUAAUAAGUUUGCAGCUUUGGGAAAAGAUAAUGCUGCACAAGAAGGUGUUUUGAUGGUCUUGGAUGAUCAGGUCCAAGCACAUCAAGAGAAUGUAGAAGUGUGGAAUGCAGCUGACUCUCAGAAGCAGUUGGUGGUGGCACCUGUUGAUAAAGAGGGUCCAACUAGUUUUCAUAGUGCUGAGAAGGCCUUGAAUAUCAAUGCAGCUGUGUUUACUCCUGGUGAGAAGAAAUCUUCAGCUUCCAAGACUAAGGAGUAG